AUGGACCCCACAUCAUCUUUGUUAUGGAACUUUGGUGAGUUCUGGUCGAGUUUUGGUCGAUUUUAGGGGGAAAUAUUGGUUGAUUUUGUUACAGUAUAUUUGGGUAUGAUACCGGGGAUUUUAGAAAAUGUAUUUUUAGGCAGUUUAGAAUUCGGUACAAAAAGUUAUGGCAGUUUUUUCUCAAUUUUUCUUAAAUUUUUUGUCAAGUCUUAGCCUUCUUGCUCAAGAACCUUACAGUGUGACCCAAAUACGUACAAGUACUAUACUCCAUAUUACAUAGUAGUAUCUUAGGAAUGCCAAAAGUACAGAGUGACACAAAUUUGGCUGUUUAUUUGUCCGGAAAACCCUUUAAAAAUGAGUUAAUUAAUGCCAUUUCCCGCUUAAUUAGUUGCACUUUUCACAAGGCGGCCCAGAACAGAGGGAUGAUCUAAUUGACUAAUUUGUUUGAUGGUCAAACGAAUUAUGUUUGAUUAGCCGGAUUUUACAUAGACUGUCUGUAUUUGUUGAUUUUGGUUCAUGAGGGAUCAAAUUUUGGCUAGAAACAGAGAUUUUUGGGGGAAAAGAAGGGAGGGGGGGGUUGGUGAAGUAAAAGGGAUGUUUAUGCAUAUUUUUGGAGUUUUUAAAUUUUGCAAUUAUCUUUGUUGAACUCAGGGGAUACUACGCUAUUCAUAAAGUAUACAUUUCGGUAUGUAGAUAAGCAGUUCUACUUAAAAAUGGCAUUUAAUUUGGCUUUCAACCCAAAAUUUAAAGAUUUUUUGAGAUGGGUCAGUAAAAAUGGUCGAUUAUGCAAAUUUUUGAAGUUUUUAUAUUUUGCAAUUAUUGUUUUUGAACUCAGCAGAGAUUAAACGUUCUAAAAAGUAUAAAUUUAGGUAUGCAGAUAGGCAGGUCUGCUUAAAAAUGGCAUUUUAUUUUGAUUCGAACCUAAAAAUUUUGAGAUUUUUUGAGAUGGGUCAAAAAAAUGGUCGAUUAUGCAAAUUUUUGAAACUUUCAAAACUAAUAUUUUAUAUUGUCAAAUUCAGAAGACCCUGUGGAUUCCAAAAAGUGCCAUUUUGACCAUUUUGACUUUUACCUUUAAGCCUAAAAAUGAUUUUUUCCAAGACCACUCUUCUUCUCAAAAUCUAAAAAAAAUCAUUAUUUCCUCCAAAAACUCGUUGAAAACCGUGAAUUCAGCUUUAAUUUGGUUUGUGAUAUCACGUCAAACGAGAUACGAACGUAAUCGUACGUUUCGCUUGCUCUCGAAAUGUGUUUGUCAUCGUGAAAUUGUCCCUUCUUAUCAGAGGGAUAAAACGAGAGGGAAAAGCCUGAUAUCUCAUCUUUGUGUACAUGCACGAGGUUUGUGUACAUUGUGACAAUUUUAGAUGUGUGUUUGAAGGCUUUGGGGUUAUGUUUAGGAUUUUGAGGUUAGGUGGGGGAGCUUGUGAUUAGAGUGGAAGUUUUAGGCUUAAAAUGAAGGCUCUGGGCUUAAAAUUAAACUUUUAGGCUUAAGCUAGAAGCUGUAGGCUUAAAAUUUUAACUUAAAAUGGAAAUUUUAGGCUUAAGAUAAAACCUUUAGGCUUAAAGUAAAAAAACGUUAAGCUUGGGUCAAAAAUGUUAGGCUUAAGUUAAAAGCUCUAGGCUUAAACUCAAAACUUUAGGCUUAAUUUAAAAAAAUGUUUGAGGCAAAAAAUCUUAAGCCUAAGGUAAGGAGUUAAGGCUUAAAAUUUAAAUUUCAGGUUAAAAAUGAAAAUUAUUGUGCAUGAAGGCAUACUGUAUUUUUACGUGGUACAGUAAGAAAAUUUUUCAAAAAAAAUUUUUUUUUAGUUUACAGGGACCAAGUUAAAAUUUUCAAAAUUUUUUUUGAAAUUUUUUUUAUUUGCUUCCAAACCCUACUCAAAGAUGUUACAGUACCAUCAAACAGCAAAGUUUACAUUCCCUAAGCCCCCGUAAACAAUUUGCGGUAAUAACUUGCGGUUGUCAGCAGAAAAUGGUUUUGCAUUGUUUGAGUUCCCGAAAAAACACAAGUGAUUAUGGGGAACGCGGGGCCCACUGUUUACCUCUUGUUUUUUCAACGUUGGUGGUCCGACAUUGGGGUGAAGAGACAAAAAGUGGGAGAGGGGGGAGAUUGUGUGCAGAUAGGAGAUAGGCCUUUGGGAUAGACCGAACUGAAACUGCAACAUGGGCAAAAUUGAAAAUUUAGGAAGAUAAAAGGGGGGGGGGGCUUGAAGAACAAAAUACUGUAGUAUUUGAAGGAUAAUAGUACUGUAAGAUUUGGUAGGGUAAGAGUAUUGUAAAGGUUUGUAGUUUUAUGGAGUAAGACUGCUGUAAGGUCUUGCGGGGUAAGUGUGCUGAACGGUUCUGUAGAGUAAGGUUAGAUUAGGGCUAAGCUAAGGCAAAAAAGUGGUGGGGUAGGGUAGCAAGUUUGUAGGGUUGCAGGGCUGUAAGGUGAAGCAUAAGCCUGAGUCUAAAUUUGUGUUUAAGCCUAAGCCUAAACUUAAAAGCCUAAGCCUAAAAGCUCAAGCCCUAAAGCCUAAACCUAAGCCUAAACCUAAGCCUAAACCUAAGAGCCUAAGCCUAAUCCUAAGCCUAAGCCUAACUCUAAGCCCAAGCCUAAGCUUAAGCCUAAGCUUAAAUCUAAGCCUAAGCCUGGAAGCCUGAGCUUAAGGCUUAGCCUAGAAGCCCAAGCCUAGAAACUUAACGGUAGAAGUGCAGACACAAAUAGUGUUACAUCAACAAGAUCAGACAGCUAAUCAAAUAAGCCCACUUUUGAUUAAAUUAGGCUAGUUUACAGUCUUGUCUUUUUAUUGGUCAUGCUGAUAACUAGUUUAGGGUUUAAGUCUUGGCUCUUUUGCUAGACUAAAAUACGCGUUUGGCCUAGAUUUUAGAGUUUAAAAAUUUUUUUUUGAAAUUUGAAAAUUUUGAAUUUUUUUUCGGAUUUGACUCUGGUUUUUUGGCCAUUGUAACAAAACUUAUGAGAUAUAAACAAUUUUUGUAUAAUAUGACAACGCAGACAUUUUUCUACAUUCUCUCAAAAUUUCAUGCAGAUCCAUCAACUACUUUAAUAUAAAAUGGCAAUUCAAACUGACACUACCAUCUUUGCUGCCAUGGAUAAUAUAAAGAGCUGUAGCUUUUCAAAAUGCAAAUUUAAUGACCAAAAAUUGCAAAAAAAGUAAAAACAAACAACAAAAUGAUAGUAUUGACUGUAAUGUAGAGGCACAUAAACAAUGUCUGCUACUACGGUAAACAGGCUUACACUGUGGUAAACAAUACUAAUUGGGCUCCACGGUCUCCGCGGCUUACAAUACAAGUUUUACAUUGUUUUUGGUCAUAAUGUGGUAUUUUGACGAUGGUUUAUGAGUUUUGUCAUAAAUUUUGAUUUAGGUUCUCUAGGACGAUAUUAUCCUUGAUAUUAACCUUGUCAUCGUAUAGAACGGCCGUUUUAUGUUAUUUAGUUUAUGUUUAAUGCCAUUCUUUUUUAACAUUAGAUCGAAAUAGACACAAAAAGGCAAGAAUAAGAUGAUUAGUGUAUUCUCAAAAGUGUCAGAUUAUUUUUUGUUGUCCAUGUUGGCUAUUUUCGUACUAGACGAACAAUUGUCGGAAAUCUUUUCUUCGCCUCGGGGCAGUAAACAAAAACAGUUUAUUCGAAAUCAAUCCACCACUCUUUUUUUAUUUAAACAGACGUACCAGAUCCGGUAAACAAUCAUGUCGCAACUUUUGAGUGACAUUUUAUACGAUGAAACGUAUUUGUGGGGGAAACAGGUUUCAUCGUAUAAAAUGUCUACUAAAAAUAGGAAAAAUUUGAAAAUUUAUUAAAUGCAAUCUAAGGAAUCAUAAAAGUGAUAAUUUAUCUUAUUUUUUCUAUUUUUGCAAACUUAGUGACAUGUUAUACGAUGAAACAUGCUCACCCUUAAAAACACGCUUCAUUGUAUAAAAUGUCGCUGUAGAGAAAAAAAUGUUUUAAAAAUGAGAAAUGAGCUAGAAAAACCAAAUUAUGUGUAAAUUUACAUAUUUUUCAAUUUGCAGACAUUUUAUACGAUGAAACAUGCCCACCGUCAUAAAAACACGUUUCUUCGUAUAACAUGUCUUCUAAAAAUUGAAAAAAUUUUAAAAGCUGCUAAAUGCAAUCUAAAUUUUCUUAAGAUUGUUAAUUUGCUACAUUUUUUCUUAUUUUUGUAGAUUUAGUGACAUGUUAUACGAUGGAACAUGUCUACUCCAAAAAACACGUUUCAUCUUAUAAAUUGUCUUCAAAAACUUGUAAAAAUUUGAAAAGCUGUUAAAUGCAAUAUAAAUGAUCAUAAAAUUGCUAAUUUACUAAUUUUUUUUAUUUUUGCAAUUUUAUUGACAUCUUAUACGAUGAAACAUAACCACCUCCUAAAAACACGUUUAAUCGUAUAAAAUGUCUUCUAAAGUUAAAUUGUGCCUUUUAAAAUCAAACUUCAACUUUAAAAAUCAAAUUUAAACCUUAAAAACCAAAUUUCGACUUUAAAAAUCAUUGAAAAGGUCAUAAAUCAUUUCCAUAUUAAAGCCCUCCCAGAAGACCGUCGCGGAAUCGAAAGUCAUUUUUUGCGCAGCCGUUUUUUCAUCUCUCCCCGCUUCGAUUUUCGCAAAAAACUUUGAACUUUUGGCCUUGGGACACUCUAUUCAAUUUUGUGGCCCGAUCUUAAAGUGAUGAAGCGAUUUCGAAUUUGUUUGCAGACCGGAAAAAAAGUUUUUGCAUUACACUGUCAUUCCGACUUUAAUGGGAACGUUAAUAUAAUCGAAGAAAUAAAGUGGUUAUGGGUUGUAAAUUGGUUUUUUGUGGUUGGUAUUGAAAGAACAAUGUUUUUCCUGUCUUUUAGGUACAAAAAGUUUUUUUUAAAUUGUAAAAUACGGCUAAAAAAUGCAUUUAUUCAAAGCCAACUUACAAAAGAAAUGAAAAUCGAACUUAUUGUAAAAAACAAUUCAUAACUUGGGUAUACUGUAACAAAAUUGAACAAAAUUUUAACAUAACAUAGAAAGGUAUCUAAUCGUACUAUGUACCCAAAAUCAUCACAAUACGUCAUGGUUAACAUAUAAAAUUGCAGAAGAAAACGAUUCGGACCCAUUGGGGACGAGUGCCGCAGGCUCCAAGCAGGAUCCCAUUUCGUCGCUUUUAGCCAAUAUUGCCAGAGAUCAGGCUGGUAAGUUGAUAGCCACUAUCACAAGGAUUAUUUAGCUACAAAAUAAUUUUGAAAAAUUAUGUCAUUAUGACGUCUUUUAUCGAGGUUUUUAAAAUUUUCUUUGAUUUUUGGGCUGUUUUUGAGGGAUUUUUCGUCUUUUCAUGCCAUUUUUUUCAACUUUCCUGGGAGAUUUAAGUUAUUUUUAACUCCCAAUUGGCUGACAAAUUCCAAUAUCACUUUUAAAAUGUCAUAAAUUUCCUUUUACAAAGAGUCGAUAAUAAAAAAACGACUGCCAAGUCAAAAGCACAACUUUUUUUCGCCGAAACCAAGAGCCAUUUUUUGCUAAGCACAAACAAAUUCCAUGGUCAGCAGUAUUUUUAUCAGUUUGACAAAUUUAUCAUGCAGUUUUGUUUUUUUUGCUAAAUUUAGCCGGAGGGGAAGAAACUCGUGACGUUGGCGGAAAUUUCCAAUUUUGCAAAAAAUUUUGAAAAUUUUUUUUAGUUUAUGGGUUUUGAAAGGUUUUGUGGGGUUAGAUUAAUGUUUAUAAAUGGUUAAUAUCGUAUUUUAUAUAGCUUUUUACCUUUUUUCUACAAUAAUGUAAAAUUUGAAAAAACGUGUUUUUAUAGUAUAGUGGGUAAACUUUUUGCCUUAUAGUCCAAAGCAUGUUGGUUCGAUUCCGACUAGAGCAAACUCGUUUUAUCGGACUUUUUUGAACCCAAAACCAACAUAAAUUAAUAUUAAAAGAUACAAUACGGUUUCAAAAAUAUAAAAAAAAAGUUUUUCAAAGUUUUUAGAGCCACUUGUUUGUCACUAGAGUUGCAUUUUGACCUUUGCUUUUCGGAAAAUUGUUUUUUGAAAAGUCUCGCGUUUUUAUGAAGGGUAAAGAUUAAUAAAGGCAGUUUGGCGUAAACAAUAAUUUUUGCUGAUUUGUAACUUUUUUGAUGGGUUUUAGUAUGAGGGCUACUGUAGUUUUUGAUAAAUACUGUUCUUUGAAAAAUUUUGAGGUUUUCGAAAGAAUAUGUUAUACUUGAUAUUAGAGGUGACUUUGGUCUUUUGGUCAUAACUAAUGUAGUGUUUGAUGGAUUUGGAUCGUUUGUUAGAAUAAGGUAGAUAUUUUAAUGUUUUUUAUUCUUGUCAUUUUAGUUUUUUACAUUUUUCAAAAUUUUUUGAGAAAGAUGAUGUUCUACUUGAUAUUAACCAUGACCUUAGAUUUUUUGUUAUAACUCUUGGAAAAGCUUAUAAAUCUUACUUAUUUUUGGUAUUUAGGUAGCUAUUUGAAUACACUUUGACAUUGUUCAACCGCUUUUUUAAAAUGUUUUGAAAUUUUGUGAUUUUUUGAAAAAAUUAUGUUAUACUUGAUUUAACCAUGACCUCGGAUUUUUUAACAGAACUCUUGAGAAAGCUUAUAGAUCUUGCUCAUUUUUGGUACUUAGGUAGCUAUUUGAAUACAAUUUAAACUUAUUAAUUCAGUUUUUCAAAUUUUAUUUAAAAAUUUUCGAAAUUUAUCAAAAAAUUAAAAUUUUCAAAAUUCCAGGUAUGCUGAGCUCUGCCGCUGGCGGUCGUGCUCAUCAACAAGGAAUCGGCGGCCUGGCACCAACACCGCCGUUGAUGGGGCUGGGUGAGGAUUUGGCGUCGCCCGAUCACUUCCUCAGCCUCAGCGCGCCCACCGCCAACGUGCUGCCGAAUGUGUCGCGGUUGAACACGUGGGCGCCGUUGGAACAGAACAACGUCCAGGCGCAGAGCCUACAACAAAGCUUGUUGAACUCGUUGUACCAUCCAGUUUUGGGUAAGGUUUUGGAUUUUUGUUCGAUUUUUAGGUAUUCUACAUCCCACCGUACCCUAGGCCCUACCGUACCCUAGGCCCUACCGUACCCUAGGCCCUACCGUACCCUAGGCCCUACCGUACCCUAGGCCCUACCGUACCCUAGGCCCUACCGUACCCUAGGCCCUACCGUACCCUAGGCCCUACCGCACCCUAGGCCCUACCGUACCCUAGGCCCUACCGUACCCUAGGCCCUACCGUACCCUAGGCCCUACCGUACCCUAGGCCCUACCGUACCCUAGGCCCUACCGUACCCUAGGCCCUACCGUACCCUAGGCCCUACCGUACCCUAGGCCCUACCGUACCCUAGGCCCUACCGUACCCUAGGCCCUACCGUACCCUAGGCCCUACCGUACCCUAGGCCCUACCGUACCCUAGGCCCUACCGUACCCUAGGCCCUACCGUACCCUAGGCCCUACCGUACCCUAGGCCCUACCGUACCCUAGGCCCUACCGUACCCUAGGCCCUACCGUACCCUAGGCUCUAUUUGUUGCCCGUGCCUUAGGUCUAGCCGUGAUCAAAGCCCUCUUAAGUUCUACUAUGGUCUUCUUUAUCUUACUGUAACUUUUUAAAUUUAAAACUUCAAAUUUUAGGCGCUCCACAGGAAUCCUUUCCAGUGACCAAGUGCUCGAUUUGUCAAGAACACUUUCGCGACCCUCGCGUCCUGGCCUGCUUCCACUCGUUCUGCAAGGACUGCCUGGAACAGCGGGAGCAGAGCAACGAACGCAGCAUCGUUUGUCCGCAAUGUCAUCAGGAGACACAGUUGAGCCCGAAUCUGGGUAUUGACGGGCUGUUGAGUGACUACGGGUUGCAGAAUGCCGUUAACCAGAGCAUCAUGGAGGAGGGCAAGGGCCAGCCGAGGGCUGGGUCGUUGAGCUCGUCGCCUGGCAGCGAUGGCGAGGACUUGGUAAGGGAUUUUUUUGGGGAGAGGGGGGGGGGAUUAUUACUAUUAAGUACUGUAUGAGCAUCCAUGGUACUAUUAAUUACUUCAUGGUCAUACUUGAUACUAUUUUGUACCUUAUGAUCACAGAUGGUACUAUUAAAUACUUUACGACCAUAUAGUACUAUUUAGUACUUUCUGGUAAUACAGGGUACUAUUUACUACUUUACAAUCAUUUAUGGUACUAUUAAGUACUAUUUGUUUAUAAAGUACUAUUGAGUACGCUUGGAUCAUACAUGGUACUAUGUAGUACUUUAUGACUAUACAUGAUGCUAUUUAGUACGUUAUGACCAGAGAGGGUACUACUAAGUACGUUACUACCAUAUAGUACUAUUUAGCACGUUAUUGUCAAAAAUGGUACUAGUCAGUACUUUAUGAUCAUACGUGCUACUAUUAGUACUUUUUGAUCAAAUAUCGCACUAUUUAGUACUUAAUGAUCAUACGUGGUACUAUUCAGUACUUUAUGAUCAUAAAUUGUACUUAUCAUUACCCAAACUAACCGUAUCUCAACUUUCAGGUCAAUGCCACCACCCACGUGUGCACCGGCUGCAAAAGCGGCGACUUUGCCAAGGCUUUCUGCGCCGAUUGCCGCCGCUUCCUGUGCCAAAACUGCACCCAGGCCCACACCACGAUGCACUGCUUCGACGGUCAUCGUGUCGAGAUCCUGAGUAAGGUCGCGUCGCCCGUCAACCCACGCAGCAGCAACCCAUGCAACUGUUUGGAGCAUCGACAACAACCGCUGCAAUACUUUUGCAUCACCUGCAACUUUGCCAUUUGUCACGAGUGCACCCUGAAAGAGCAUCAGAAUCACACGGUGGAGAAGAUCGACGACGUGGCCGAGGAUCAGAUGCAGCGAAUGGAGGAUCUGAUCGCCGAAGCCACGAAGAAGCAGGCCAACUUCCACGAUGUGUUCAGACUGAUCGACAACUACCAGACCAAGUUGACCAACAGCUUCCAACAGGCUCAGAAUCACAUCAACGAGUUCGCGGAUUCUGUGAUUCUGGCCGUACAGGAGUCGCGCAAGGUGCUACACAAAGACCUGGAGACCACGUUCGCCUACCGUCAGCUUCAGAUCACGUUGAUUGACAAGAACGUUCAGAAGAUGACGAAGAGAAUGAGCCAGACUAUCGAGUUUACUCAGCGUCUUCUCAAGUACUGUAGCCCAACCGAAGUCAUGGUAUUCAAGCCGUUGGUGGACCAAAGGCUACAGACUUUCCUCAACUUUAGCGUAAGCAACGAGCUGGCCAGCAGCACCGAGAUCGAGGCGAUUCAGAUGAACUCACAACAGGCACGUCAAGCCAUCUACAACUGUUUGAUGAACGCUAGGCCAGAGUCAUGGGUUCCAAGUCACAGUAUGCCACAGACGGCCCAACGGCCUCCCAGUGAUCAGUUGAGGUCAUCGCCAAAUGGCAAUGACUCGGCCUUGGGCUCGUCUUGUAACAACCUUGGCUUCGGCGUCGGUUCGAACUCAUCGUCCAGCUCCAGUAGCAACAACAACCGCCCAUUGACGUCCAGUCCACUCGGUACCCUUCAGUCCAACAACAAUUUCGCCAACACUCAAAACAACUUUGGCACUUCAGCCCCCGCCCAGUCGUUUAUCAGCGCGUUGGAGGGUCAGAACCCGAUCAGUAUGUUCAACAACUACGAGAAAUGGUCGUCUGGUCUCGAGCUAACUGCCGUCGCUAACGCUCUGGAGUUGGGCAAUGGCUCAGCUCCAGCCGCCACCGGUGUAGCCGAUCUUGAGGACAAGGUAUCGGCCCUCUCGAUUUACCCACCAAGAAGUCAGAUCAAGCGUCAGAAGAUGACCUAUCACUGCAAGUUCGGAGAGUUCGGAGUGAUGGAAGGCCAGUUCACGGAGCCAUCUGGUGUCGCGGUCUCGGCCCAAAACGAUAUCAUCGUAGCCGACACCAACAACCAUCGGAUCCAGGUCUUCAACAAGGAGGGCCACUUCAAGUUCCAGUUCGGCGAGUGCGGCAAACGUGACGGUCAGCUUCUGUACCCGAACCGUGUUAGCGUGAACAGACAGACUGGCGACUUCAUCGUGACUGAGAGAAGCCCAACCCAUCAGAUCCAGAUCUACAAUCAGUUCGGCCACUUCUUGCGCAAGUUCGGCGCCAACAUCCUCCAACACCCGCGAGGAGUCUGCGUCGACCAUCAGGGUCGGGUUAUUGUGGUUGAGUGCAAGGUAAGGGAGGUUUGAAUGGUAUUUCUGUUAGGUAUACCAGGGUUAGACUAAGGUUUUUGGAGUAGAGAUGUUAGGGUAGAGAUAGUAUAGAGAUAUACUAGGGUUGAGUAAGAUGUUAUAGUAGGCUAUGGUAAUGUUGUGUAGGGUAACAUUGAGUAAUGUAGGAUAAGAUAGGGUGGAGUAGAGCACGGUAGUGUAUGGUAAUGUAAAGUAGGGUAAAAGAAAGUAGAGUAGGGUAGAGCAUGGUAGGAGAGGGUCAUGUAGAGUAGGGCCUAGGGUACGGUAGGGCCUAGGGUACGGUAGGGCCUAGGGUACGGUAGGGCCUAGGGUACGGUAGGGCCUAGGGUACGGUAGGGCCUAGGGUACGGUAGGGCCUAGGGUACGGUAGGGCCUAGGGUACGGUAGGGCCUAGGGUACGGUAGGGCCUAGGGUACGGUAGGGCCUAGGGUACGGUAGGGCCUAGGGUACGGUAGGGCCUAGGGUACGGUAGGGCCUAGGGUACGGUAGGGCCUAGGGUACGGUAGGGCCUAGGGUACGGUAGGGCCUAGGAUACGGUAGGGCCAAGGGUACGGUAGGGCCUGGAAUAAGAUAGGGUAUUCAUUGUCAAACCUUCUAAAUCAUAUUGUUAUAGGUAAUGCGCGUCCUCAUCUUCGACAUGUACGGCAACGUGUUGCACAAGUUCAGUUGUUCCCGCUACCUCGAGUUCCCAAAUGGCGUCUGUGCCAACGACAAGAACGAGAUCUUCAUCAGCGACAAUCGCGCUCAUUGCAUCAAGGUGUUCAACUACGAAGGACAAUAUCUGAGACAAAUUGGUGGUGAAGGUGUCACCAACUACCCGAUCGGUGUGGGUAUCAACGCUUUCGGCGAGGUCGUUGUUGCUGACAACCACAACAACUUCAAUCUGACCAUUUUCAAUCAGGUAAAAAUUUUGGCAAGGACUUUUUUUUACAAAACAAAAAAAUGACGAUAACUUUCUUACAAGACAUAAAAUGGCAAUAAGUUUCUUUACAAAAGAUAAAACGGCAUUUCUCGUAUAACUUGUCAACCGCAGGCUGCAGAGCCACUAAUUUUUUUGUUAUUUUGCCUUGAAAUUACAAUAACUUUAUUUACAAAACAUAUAAUGACAAGAACUUUCUUUACAAAACCUAGAAUGGCAAGAACUUUCUUUACAACUCAAAAAAUGACAAGAACUUUCUUUACAAAACAUAAAAUGGCGAGAACUUUCUUUACAAAGUGAAAAGUGGCAUUUAUCGUAUAACUUGUCAACCGCAGGCCGCAGAGCCUCUAGUUACGCUGUUUCGCCUUCAAAUUGCAACUACUUUCUUUACAAAAAACAAAGUGACGAAAACUUUCUUUACGAAAUAAAAAAUGCAAGAACUUUCGUUACAACACAUAAAAUGGCAAGAACUUUCUUUACAAAGCAGAAAAUGAAGUUUUUUUGAAUUUUUAAAUUUUGCAAAAAAAAUGUUUAGAACGGUGAGCUCCUCAACGCAAUGGAGAGCAAAGUGAAGCACGCCCAGUGCUUCGACGUGGCUCUCCUGGAAGACGGCUCAGUCGUGCUGGCUUCCAAGGACUACCGCCUUUACCUGUACCGCUACCAAUCCAACGCUAUCUAA